AUGGCCCCUGCACUGCUCCUGGUCCCUGCUGCCCUCGCCUCUUUCAUCCUGGCCUUUGGCACCGGAGUGGAGUUCGUGCGCUUUACCUCCCUUCGGCCACUUCUCGGAGGGAUUCCGGAGUCUGGUGGUCCGGUCUCCCGCCAGGGAUGGAUGGCUGCCCUGCAGGACCGCGGCAUCCUUGCCGCUCUGGCUUGGGAUCUAGGGCUCCUGCUACUAUUUGUUGGGCAGCACAGCCUCAUGGCAACUGAGACCGUGAAGGCGUGGACAUCUCGGUACUUUGGGGUCCUUCAGAGGUCACUGUAUGUGGCUUGCACUGCCCUAGCCUUGCAGUCCCUCAUCUUUCUCCAGCUGGUGAUGCGGUGCUGGGAGCCUGUACCCAGAGGCCCUGUGUUGUGGGAGGCUCGGGCUGAGCCAUGGGCCACCUGGGUGCCCCUCCUGUGCUUUGUGCUCCACGUCAUUUCCUGGCUCCUCAUCUUCAGCAUCCUUCUCGUCUUUGACUACGCUGAGCUCAUGGGCCUCAAACAGGUGUACUACCAUGUGCUGGGGUUAGGUGAGCCUCUAGCCUUGAAGUCUCCCCGGGCUCUGAGACUCUUCUCCCACCUGCGCCACCCAGUGUGUGUGGAGCUGCUGACAGUGCUGUGGGUGGUGCCCACCCUGGGCACUGACCGACUCCUCCUUGCUCUCCUCCUUACCCUCUACCUGGGCCUGGCUCACGGACUUGACCAGCAAGACCUCCGCUACCUCCGCGCUCAGCUACAAAGAAAACUUCACCUGCUCUCCAGGCCCCAGGAUGGGGAUGCGGAAUGAGGAGCCAACUCUGGUUCCAAGUCCUGUACUUCCGCUCCCCCUCGAAUUCUAAAUCCUUUUACAUCCAGUCCCUGGCUGCUUCAGACCAGGGGCUCAAAGCCACGACUGAAGGAGCUGCCCUUUCCACUACCUGAGGCUUCAUUCCGUGGGUCCACCUCCAAACCCUGAAGUCUGAGUUUCAGUCACUGGACUCCAAGGUCUACUUUACACCCACCAGGAAGAGGGGGCGUGGCACUUAUCUGUACCCUCCCAGUUUAGGGCAUGACACCCCCCCACAACAGCCUCGUCACAAGGAAAGGUUCUGCCCUGACUACUCCCUGGGCACUGUUACCUCGCCCCUGCACCUCAGGGAUCCCCUGCUCCAC